UUCAGGAACUGGUGGCAAUCAAAGUGAUUCCGGAUUGCCGACCAAGUGCAGCGCCGUGACAUCGUUGUUCGCGUUAGGAACUUUAAACAGGCGAAAUCACAAAUACACGGUGUAUCGCAAGCCAGAGGUAGCAGCUGACCAGUGGUGGAAGGCCGUGGUGCCUUCUCCCUGUCCAAGGAACACAAAAAACUGGAAGGUUUUAUCUCAUGUUUGCCGAGGUAGGAGAACUGUGAUGUAAAGACGAUCAGCUCAACAAGGAAGUGGAUCUAAAUGAAAAUAGACUUGUGCCAUGGACUUGUGCUUGAAAAGAAGAAGAUCACGCAUGUUGCAGUCAAAGUUGGCAAUUCCCGCUAAAGGCAUGGAAGUGUUCAUGUAUGUAACUAAUUCAACCAUCAAAUAUCCUGAUGGUGAACAUAUUGCUGAAGACAUAUGCAUUGACGUUGCCAAGAAAUGUGGUAUUUCUCCAUUGUGCCAGAAUCUCUUCGCGUUGUUUGAUGCAAAUAAGAAACUCUGGUUUUCUCCAAAUCACAUCUUCAAAGUUGAUGCGCAAACAGCCUUGAUAUUACAUUUUCGGAUGAGGUUCUUCUUUGGUAACUGGCAUGGAUCCAAUGAAAAUGAACAACCAGUCUGGAGACAUACUCCUACGCGAAAGCAGAAAAACAUGCGUGACUCGCAAAAUGCAGAAAAUGGAACUCCUCUCUUGGAUGCAAAUUCCUUGGAAUACCUAUACUUUCAGGGACAGUAUGAUUUGAUUAAAGGCCUGGCCCCUGUUCGAGAUCCUAACAGUGACUGUGAAUUUCAUGAAAUAGAGAAUGAGUGUCUGGGAAUGGCAGUCCUGGCCAUGACACAUCAGGCCCUUAACCGGAAAAUCCCACUGCAAGAAAUCUCCAAGGAAAUGAGUUACAAGAAUUACAUUCCCGAGACACUGAACUCGAGCAUCAGGCAGCGAAACAUUCUGACCAGGUGUCGUAUCAAUAAUGUCUUCAAAAACUUCCUGAAAGAGUUCAACAACAAGACGGUGUGUGACAGCAGCGUGUCUCCUCAUGACCUCAAAGUCAAGUAUCUGGCCACCCUGGAAUCAUUGACCAAGAAUUUUGGAGAGGAAAUAUUUAAGCCGAUAAGCCUGUUGAUUUCAGCGGAAAACGAACGUGUGAUGAUCAACUAUGAGCCCAUUGAAAAGGAACAGAAAGAGAAAGAACAUGAGGUGAUGGUCGCCGGAAGUAUGGGAAUUAAGUGGAGACGUAUACCAAAAGAGUCUACAACGAUUUUGAAAGAGAAAAAUAAAUUGCAGAAGAACAAGAACAAGCACCUGCCCAAAAGCAGUAAGACAGGUGAAGGCAAAGGUGUUCACAGUGAGAACUGGAAUCUAUUUUCUGACUUUUAUGAGAUCACGCACAUCACCUUAAAGGACUCCCUAGUCAUGAUCAACAAACAAGACAACAAAAAGUUGGAGCUUGAGCUGUCAUGCUAUGACGAAGCACUUUCCAUGGUAUCUUUGAUUGAUGGCUACUUCCGUUUGACAGUAGAUGCCCAUCACUAUCUGUGCACAGAAGUGGCUCCGCCUCUGGUGGUGUGCAACAUUAAACAUGGCUGUCACGGGCCCAUACGCACUGAAUAUGCUAUCAACAAGUUGAAGCACGAAGGCAAUGAGGAUGGUAUGUACGUAUUGCGAUGGAGUUGUACAGAUUUCAAUCACAUCCUCAUGACAGUUGCAUGCAGUUCUCCCCCUGAGUGCUUUGACUUCUGCAAUCGAGGCAGUGGCUCAAGAAUGCCAAAGCAGUACAAAAACUUUCAGAUUGAAGUGGGCAGCAAAUCUGGCUACAGGUUGCACGGCUCUGACAACUACUUCACAAAUCUCGGGGAACUGAUGAAACAUCUCAAAGGGCAGAUUCUUAAAACCGAGGACAUCAGCUUCCAACUCAAAUCCUGCUGCCCACCAAAACCACGAGAAAUCUCAAAUCUGCUGGUGAUGACAAAAAGCUGGUCCCAGAUGUCACAGAUGGCUGCAAGCAACUACAACUUAAGUCAGCUGAGCUUCCAUCGAAUCCGCAAGGAGGAGAUUUGUCAGAAUGAACACCUUGGAAGAGGAACCAGAACAAACAUUUAUUCUGGGACACUGAAUUACAAAGAUGAUGAUGAAGAGAAUGGAAAUGUCUACAACACAAAAGACAUCCGAGUAGUCCUUAAGAUCCUUGAUCCAAGUCACAGGGCCAUCUCCCUGGCUUUCUUUGAAACGGCUAGUAUGAUGAGGCAAGUUUCUCAUAAGCACAUUGUCCUCUUACAUGGAGUUUGUGUUCGAGAUCUGGAAAGUAUUAUGGUUGAAGAAUUGGUUGAAUUUGGCCCACUUGAUUUGUUCAUGCAUCGAGAACGUGAACAUCUUUCAACUUGCACACCAUGGAAAUUUCUGGUUGCUAAACAGCUGGCAAGUGCAUUGAGCUAUCUGGAGGACAAGAACUUAGUGCAUGGCAAUGUAUGUACAAAAAAUAUUUUGCUGGCAAGAAAAGGGAUUGAAAAUGACGGCGGUCCAUUCAUCAAACUUAGUGACCCAGGAGUUCCUAUAUCGGUGCUGUCCAGAGAAGAACGUGUUGAGCGCAUUCCAUGGAUUGCACCUGAAUGUGUAGAAGAGUCCAAACACACGAGCAUUGCUAUAGACAAGUGGAGUUUUGGAACAACCCUGUGGGCCAUCUGCUAUAAUGGAGAGGUGCCUCUAAAAGAUCGCAGCCUGGCCGAGAAAGAAAGAUUCUAUGAAGCUCGAUGUAAGCUAACGCCUCCAUCCUCCUGUAAGGAACUGGUCGAGCUGAUGCAACAGUGCAUGACCUACAACCCACCUGAGCGACCCUUCUUCAGGGCCAUUAUGAGAGAGAUUAAUAAACUCCAAGAGCAAAAUCCAAAUAUAGUUCCAGAAGAUGCACCAAAGGCAGAAAUCGAUCCAACCCAUUUUGAAAAAAGAUUCCUCCGUAGAAUACGGGACCUUGGUGAGGGUCACUUUGGGAAGGUUGAGCUCUGCCGUUAUGAUCCAGAGGGUGACAAUACUGGAGAACUUGUUGCUGUCAAAUCACUGAAACCAGACAGCAGUGACGAACACAAAGCAGAUCUCAAACGAGAAGUUGAUAUUCUAAAGACUCUCUACCAUGAAAAUAUUGUUAAGUAUAAAGGAAUAUGCACAGAAGAAGGUGGAAAGGGGAUGAAGCUGAUCAUGGAAUAUCUUCCUUCUGGAAGCCUUAAAGAAUAUCUCCCUCGGCAUAAAUCAAAAGUGACCGUAAAAAGUCAAAUUCUAUAUGCAUUGCAGAUAUGUAAAGGAAUGGAGUAUCUAGGAUCACUGCAGUAUGUUCAUCGAGAUUUGGCUGCAAGAAAUGUUCUUGUGGAAAAUGAAAACAGGGUAAAAAUUGGAGACUUUGGACUAACGAAAGUCAUCCAGACCAACAAGGAGUAUUAUAAAGUGCAAGAUGAUUUGGACAGUCCUGUGUUUUGGUAUGCACCAGAAUGCUUGAUACACUGUAAAUUCUACAUUGCUUCAGACGUGUGGUCCUUCGGUGUUACCUUGUAUGAAUUGAUGACAUACUGUGAGUCUGAACAUAGUCCAAUGAAUAUGUUCCUGAAAUUGAUUGGCCCAACUCAAGGUCAGAUGACAGUCACAAGGCUUGUGCGGGUACUUGAAGAAGGCAAACGUUUGCCCUGCCCAACAAAAUGUCCUGAGGAGGUUUAUUAUCAUAUGAAGAAGUGCUGGGAACACAGCCCAAGUAACAGAACAACAUUUGAAAAACUUGUGAAAGUAUUUGAGGAUUUGCUUCAAAGCAUGUGAAUUUAAAUGUGGGUCACUGCAAGGAUUGAUUGUAUCUUUUGUAACCAUGAGCAACUGUUAUGUUUAAAUAUGCGACUACUUGGUGUAAAUACUGUAUUACUAUGAUGUGUUUAAAUGGGAACUUCUAGAAGGCACAAUGCUGUAGUACCCAUGGAUAAUCAAAUUUAUCCAGACAAAGUUAAUUUUACAAGACUUCUAUUAAACAAGAUUGCUUUUUAAAAUCUUUGCAAUUCAAAUUUCUAUUUCCCAUGCAAAUGUGUCCAGUAAUUAUUAAACAGACUUAAGACUUUUGUAAAUAUUAUUGAUGGUUGGGGCAAUUUUCUGAAAAGGCCUUUAUUGAUGAACAUCAAAUUUAUAUGUGCAAUCUUCAUUUGGGGGGGGGAAGAGAAAAACAGGACCAGUAAAGACCAUCUUUCAGAUUAGAAAAAUAACGUCCUCAGCUACUUAUUUGGUUGGUGUCUCUCUAUUAAAUAGGAAGGAAGCUGUCCAUAUGUUCUGCUAAAUAUUUGUCUUUGUCGACUUCAAAAAGGUAAUUAACACGCUUGGAGUGAGCACUUGAUGUAUGCUAAUUGACUGUUGUUUCUGGGUUCGACUUCAGUGCACUCAGGGAAGGACAAGGUGCAAGUAAAUACUUGUUUUUUUCCCCUCUUAAUUUGUUUCUACAUUUUAUAUUUUGUAAUAUAACAAAAACAAUAAAUCUAUUUCAACUUCAAA